AUGCUGUCGAUUACCGGUCUGAUUGCCUUCAUCCAACAUCAGCAACAAGAUCUUACCCUAGGCAGACUUGCGAUUACACUUUUCUUCGCGCCACUCCUGUACAUCAUUGUUAACGAGGUUAUUCGAUACCAUGCUCGGAUUAGAGGACUGAAGGGGCCUACUGGGCUGCCACUGAUUGGAAAUCUCUGGGAUAUUCGCGUGAAUGCAGCGGAAAAGUAUCGCGAAUGGGCUCGUCGGUUUGGUGAUGUAUACCAAAUACAACUUGGAAAUGUCCCCGUUGUUGUGGUGAAUUCCGCAGCAGCCGCAAAAUCCAUCUUUGGACAAAACGCACAGGCGAUGAGUUCUAGGCCAGAGUUUUAUACGUUUCACAAGGUUCUCUCCGACACGGCGGGAACUACAAUUGGCACGUCGCCAUACAGCGACUCUCUCAAACGGCGGCGCAAAGGUGCUGCCUCCGCACUUAACAAACCUUCUAUUCAAACUUACAUAUCACACCUCGAUAUUGAGUCUCGUGACUUUAUCAAAGAGUUGUAUGAGUACGGAAAUGCGGGCAAGACCCCUACGGAUCCGAUGCCCAUGAUUCAGAGGCUGUCUCUCUCGCUCGCCCUGACAUUGAACUGGGGCGUCAGGCUCAAGAGUCAAAAGGACAACCUGUUUGACGAAAUAACACAUGUCGAGGAGGAAAUCAGCAAAUUCAGGUCUACGACUGGAAACCUUCAGGACUACAUACCCGUGCUGCGACUCAAUCCGAUCAACACGCAUUCAUCCAAAGCCAAAGACAUGCGCAGCCGACGAGACAUCUACUUGACUAGGUUAAACACCGGGCUUGAUGAGCGCAUCGCCAAUGGCACCUACAAGCCUUGCAUUCAAGCAAACGUCAUCUUAGAUGAGGAUGCCAAACUAAACAAAGCUGAGCUUACUUCUAUAAGCCUUACGAUGUUGUCCGGUGGCCUCGACACAGUCACCACGCAAGUGGCCUGGUUUGUAGCCUUUUUAUCUCAAAACCAGGACAUUCAGGAUAAGGCGGUGUCAGAAAUACGCAAAUUCUAUGACGAGCAGCACCCCAUGUGUGAUCAAGAGGAUGAUCAAAAGUGCGCCUACGUCGUCGCGCUGGUCAAAGAGUCGCUGCGAUAUUUUACCGUGUUGAGGCUCGCCCUGCCGCGUGCAUCAACGAAGGCUGUAACAUAUAACGGAUUCACAAUCCCUAAGGGGUCUGUUGUGUUUCUGAACGCUUGGGCUUGCAAUAUGGAUAGCGAAGUGUGGCACGAUCCAGAUGUCUUCCGCCCUGAGCGAUGGUUUGAGCAACCAGAUGCGCCUCUAUUUACAUAUGGAGUUGGAUACCGCAUGUGUGCGGGAUCCUUGUUGGCAAACCGAGAGUUAUAUCUCGUGUACAUGCGACUCCUGAACAGCUUUCGUAUUGAGAAAUACGAUGCGGUUGACUGUCACCCCAUCACCGGUAACUCAGACCCAACGAGCCUCGUUGCUCUGCCUCAUCGAUACCGCGCCCUUUUCGUUCCACGAAAUCAGGGCGCGCUAAGAAAGGCAAUGGAGGAGACGAAAGCAAUGGAACGCAUGGAUGAUACCAUUUCGGCGUGA